UUUGGGCCCAGGUAGUGGUAGAAGCCUGCUCUUGGCUGAGCUGCAUCACCAAGUAGAUAGUCUAGGCUGGCCCAUGUGGGUUACUCCACCCCUUCUCAUGACUGAGAGCUGCCCCUUCUAAAUUUAGCCCCAGUGGCUGAGCUCAGGCCUAUUUUAGGCCCAGUUGGGAAGAAGGAGCACAAAGGCAGCCAGGCUUUCUUCAGGUUCCCAGAGGAGCCACUGCUGCCUUUGUCCAGUCCUGCUACUGGGUACCCUCAUCGGCCUCCUGAUUGCCCACUACUUGCCAUGCCUGAGGAGACCCAAGAAGACACUGUGAUGCCAAUGCAGAGCCAGAGGAACCGGGGGCAACUGGCCCCCAGUCACGUUCAGGAGGUGCACCUGCACCGGGUGGAGUCCAUCAGCGACCUACACAGUGGAGGCUUGCUGCACCCUUAUCUUGCUGAGGAGGUACAGCCGUGGGAUGAGCUGCUGGGCAUCUUGCCGCCAUCGCUGUGUGCCCAGGCUGGCUGCAACCCAGUGUGUGGCCGUGGAGGGUUCCUGCUGCUACUAGCACUGCUGGUGCUCACCUGCCUGGCACUUGCCAUCCUGGCUGUCUACCUGAGUGUGCUGCAGAGCGAAUCCCUGCGGGUCCUGGCACACACGCUGCGAACACAGGAGGAGACCCUGCUCAAACUGCGCCUGGCCAGCCUCAGCCAGCUACGGAGGCUCAACUCCAGUGAAGCCCGAGCACCCAGCUUAGAUGCCACUUGAACCUGAGGCCUGGAGUGUUUGUGUGUGUGUGUGUGUGUGAGCGUGUGCACGCGCACACGUGUGGUGGAGGUGGAAAUUAAAGGGGCCGUUGGCAGAUCUCUCCUCUCCCACUGCUGGAUGUGUCUACACUACUUCUUUGAGAUUGUUGUACAACAGCCUGAAGUAACUCCAUAGUUGCCUGCCUCUCCUAAUCUCUUCAGGCCAGACCUAGCCAACUCUUCUAAUGCCAGGGCACUCCCAAGGUCAGAGGACCGGGCACCAGCCUUCUGGCUCCUCCUGUGGCCUGUCAGCAGGGGUCUCUGGCGACCCCUGGACUACUGUUUAGAAGUCUAGAAAUAGCUGCCCCCCCCC